AUGCCCAGGACCCUUGGAUAUCGUUUGGAACGCUCAGAUUGCGCUCGGAACGGCCCCUUGACCCCCCAACGGCCCCGGAUCGUCGUCAGACGCUCCAGAACCAACCGGAUCGUCGUCGGACAACCCAGACGGGCCCCCAGCGCCCCGGAGCACCCCACAGAGCGCCAGCACCCUUCCCAUUGCCCACCGAGGCCUCCCAAAGGCCCCCGACGCCUGUAG